AUGGCAUGUGCCGACACACCACAGCGUUCUGCGAUUCCGGAUCUCGGCGACACCCCUAGUGCCCAAUUGCGCAAGGUCCGCGAUCAGAUUGUCAAGAACUUGGAGUCAGGGGGGGAAUUGUAUUUCGACAUCUUUCGAUCUUUGCAGAUUACCCGGGACGGAUACCAGCGAUUCUUUGACGGGGUCAUACGCGUUAUUCGCAACAAACACAUGGACGAUCUCAAGCGCGGUACAGAAGCAAGUCUACAACACCUGACUGAUCUGACUCUGCGGGCCUUUGGCUACAUUGUCUGGACACCAGGCUCACCAUGGCUUAUUCACGACGAUGAACUGCCAGAGGACGAAGUGAGAUUGAUGCAUGUGAGGGGCGCUGGAAAGGAGAACGACGAAAAUGCCAGAUUUUACCCUAUCUUUGAACAACUCUGGCUUCUGAUGCGCAACGUACUGUUUGAGCGCCGACCCCCGCGAAGACCAAGAGGACAAGCUCCACGACGACGCCGACAAACUCAGCCUAGCACACCUGCAACUCAAUUCGACCGCGAAGACGUUGGCAAUCUUGCAGACACCGAAUCAUCCUCAUCAGUGGCAGGUCCAGCGACAAUGACUUUUGAGCGUAACCAAGCAGAGGUCACUCGCCGAGUGGAGACUCUGGGAGAACGAGUUUCGUCUAGAAUGCCGCCUGCCACGAACCGCGUGAUGACAGCCGAUGAGACCGAAGAAGGGAUUGUCGACUUGGUCGUCCGUCUCUCUCAGAUCCGAGCCAGAAGCGACCCGCGCAUUUUCGCCGCAUUGUGGGAACAACACAUCAUGCGAGUCGAGGAGUUUGAUGCGAUCGAAGCAGAGAGAGAGGAAUCCGAACCCACUGCUGCGACCGCUUCAACCACCGGCGAUUUCGGAAAAGACCCAAACGCCUCCCAAUCUCACGAACCAUGGAUCUCUAGGGGCAAUCCGAUCGAGCCUGUUUUUCUCGACUCUACUCUCCUGCGACCGAUCCGCCCGUCAGUCAUGUCUGUCUACAUCAGUGUUCACCACGUCGCCUCACCUGUCUUGCUCCCGGAGAACAUCAAUCUAGUCCUCAACCCGACCGCAGCUGCUUCGGACGUGUCGCAGCAAGCGUACCACUGGCUCGACGCCCCGGUGGAGGAACAUACCAUGCACCGCUUCUUCACCGGCAUCAACUGGCGAAUCAAGGACCAUGCCUCCAAGAUUCUUGGCUACGUGUUCAGCUAUGGUUGGAACGACGCGCUGCGCUUCGUCUCUACUGGUCGUCUCGAGUUUCGUGGUCUCGCCGAGUUGGACUAUAAGGUGGCACAAGAGCAAGGAACCGAGAACGGUGGAAAUGAGGACGCGAUGGACGUUGACGACUGUACCGCAAACGCGAAAGGCAAAGGGAAAGCCAAAGCGAGAGCCACAAAGGAAUCCAAGGUCUCCCAGUCCGUCGAAUUUCACCUGGUGCAGUACCGCUUCCUCGGCAUGGGCUGGCAGCAACUCCAAGAAGACCUGGCUCAUGCGGCAAAGAACGGCGUCCGAAUCUACAGAAUGAAGGUCGGUGUCAUCGCUCUCGCACAAACUGCUGAGGCGUAG